AUUCCCAUGUGACUAAUGAAUAUAAAUAACUUGUUCAUCGCAUUCUGCGAGAUAUUACUUUCGUUCCCUAGCGCGGGAAGAUCAAAAACUCUCCAAACGAUUCCAUUCACUGCCAGAAAAAUGACGGAAAGCAACCCUAUUCUCGACAAGUACAUGAGCCUUGAUCAAGGCGAGCGAGUCCAAGUCUUGUACGUUUGGAUUGACGGAACCGGCGAAAGUAUGCGCUGUAAAACAAAAACUGUGGAAGAAGAACCGAUGGCACCCGAAGACCUUCCAAUCUGGAAUUUCGACGGCUCUAGUUGUUAUCAGGCUGAGGGCUGUAAUAGUGACGUUUACCUUCAUCCAGUCGCUUUAUUCCGAGACCCUUUCAGACGAGGAAAGAAUAAGAUAGCGCUGUGUGAAACCUACAACUUCGAUCACAAACCUGGUGUGUCAAACCACCGAUCAUCAUGUCUUAACGCCAUGGAGAACGAGAAAGUGAAGGAUGCCAUCCCCUGGUUUGGCAUUGAACAAGAGUACACAUUGUUAGACAAGGAUGGACACCCCUUAGGGUGGCCCAAGGGAGGUUUCCCAGGUCCACAGGGCCCCUACUACUGUGCUGUUGGUACUGGAAAUGUUUUUGGAAGAGAUGUUGUAGAAGCUCACUACCGAGCCUGUCUGUAUGCUGGAGUUAAGAUUGCUGGAACUAAUGCUGAAGUCAUGCCUGCACAGUGGGAAUAUCAGGUGGGUCCUUGUGAAGGAAUCUCCAUGGGCGAUCAGUUGUGGAUGUCCAGGUUUCUGCUUCACCGUGUUUCAGAAGAUUUUGGUUUCAAGGUCUCUUUUGACCCUAAACCCAUGCCAGGAGACUGGAACGGAGCUGGGGCGCACACUAACUACAGUACCCUACCCAUGCGUGAAGAAGGUGGAAUUAAUUUUAUCUAUGCUGCCAUCGAGAAACUCUCUUCCUACCAUGAGUACCACAUCAGUAUGUAUGAUCCUAAGGGGGGAGAGGACAACAAACGUCGUUUGACAGGGCACCAUGAGACUGCUAGCUGGAAGAACUUCUCACACGGAGUAGCUAAUCGUGGUGCAAGCGUAAGAAUUCCUCGUCAGUGUGCUGAAGAUGGAUACGGUUACUUGGAAGACAGAAGACCAGCUUCUAACUGCGAUCCUUACAGAGUUACAGAGGCUAUUGUUAAAACAACCAUCAUGGGUCAUGCUUGACGGGCCUUGUAGUUGGCAAUCCUUUAUGGACAAGAGCUGCCAUUUAUCUAUUGAUUGACUCUUGCAUGUACUAGUUGUUAUGCUACAAAAACUUAGGGGAAAGUAGAACUCCUGUUUAUUUAAGUAUUUUUGUUUGGCUAUGUACAGGUUUAUGAACUAAUGAUUGAUGGGUUCCUUGUUCAUGUCAGCAUUAAUAAUAGUAAUUGUUGCCAAGAUUUCACUAAUUAUGCAUAAUGUUCCAUCAAAAGGAAGUGCUUUUUCUGGCAAGUUAUUUAGAGUUAGAUCAUUGGAUCUCAAACAACAUAAGUCUAUUUUAGUAAAUUCUAAAAAAUUUCUAUAAAUAUUUAUAAAUUAGAUUAUUUGCACUGUGUUUAGCAUGUGUGGGAAAAGGAUUGUGGUGUGAAUGACAAAUAGCAUUGCAAUAUAGCAGGAGUAUAGUUGAAUCUAAACUGUGCUCUUAUUGGCUGAUUUAAGGUCACAUGGGAAUGGCUAAAUCUCACUAUAUUCCAGUCUCCCACCAACCAGAGGAUACUUUGACUUUUGGUAAUUGUUAUUUCCUUAUUACCUUUCACUAAACCCCAGCUAUAAAACAGAACACUUAAUUAAACAAUUAGCUUUGUUUUCCCGUCAAUUCUUGAUGUUUGUCAGGACAAAGUAUAGUAUUGAACUGUUUGCAGUAAACAUCAUUUUUCUUUUGUUUAAAGUUAUUAAACAGAUUAAAUUAAUUAAGAGUUAUUGUAAGUAAUGUUAAAGAGUUAGUAGUUUAAUAAAAAGGUCAUUUUCUUCAGAA